GUCAGAUUGUCUCCCCGAAUCUCUGACACUCAAGUGGCCUUUCUAAGCCCACUUCUCGCACCCUUCGGCAAACAUGGGCACGAAGGUAGAUCAGCGCUGGGAGUCGCCCAUGAAGGUAGAGCUGAGCAAGACAGCUUCCAAGCUUUGCCUCACUUCUUCCAGCGAUGAAGACGAACCUUAUCUCGAGAGCGCGGUAGCGAAGCUAGUGAAGCAAGAUGGGAGGCACUUCGUGGCCCAGGCGUCUUACGAAGUGCCUGGCGGCUAUGCCUCAUGGGCGGACCAGCUGGCAGCCCUUCCGGGUAUGCCUUGCUUGCCGAACCAAGGGAGUAUUGGUCAUCCCGAGAUGUGCAAGAGGCCAUGUGUCUACGUAUCCGCCUACCGCACUCCCUGCCCCAACGGGGCCAUGUGUAGCUACUGCCACAUGACGCACUCGGAACGCCGCACCACUUUGGACAAGAGGCAGCGGGAGUUCCUGAGGCGACUGGGGGAGCCCGAUCUCAUCACGAUCCUGCUGCCGCACUUCCAAGCCAAGCUUGUGACUGGCAAGGUGCCGGGCGCGGCGGUGGAGGUGAUCCGAUUCCUGGAGCGCCGGAAGGGCCACUCCUUCCUCGAGGCUCCAGACAGCCUGGAUGCAGUUCUCGGGCAGAUGAGCUUCUCCUGGCUGGUCAGCCUUCUUCCGUUCAACAAAGAGCCGGAGUUUGCACAGUGCCUGAGCCAUCUGCAAUUCGCCUACGCGACUGGCGCGUGAGCAGAGAAAACAAUCACCGCACCA